CCCCUUCCUCUUUGCCUCAGUGACGGCAGCGGUUUAAGGUGCUCGGUUCUUCGGCUGAAGCUAAGGCCUGGUGUCCAUCCGGCGACUAGCACCCUGUAACCCGCCCAUCCACGGCCAGACAAGCGCCCGAUACUCUCAGCAAUGGCAACCGUCUCCGAGCUCGCCUGUAUUUACUCUGCUCUCAUCCUUCAUGAUGACGAAAUCACGAUCACGGAAGACAAGAUCAUCGCUCUCAUCAAAGCCGCCAGUGUCAGCGUGGAGCCCUUCUGGCCCAGCCUGUUCGCUAAGGCUCUCAACAGCGUCAAUAUCGGCAGCCUGAUCUGCAACGUUGGUGCUGGCGGUGGAGCCCCCGCUCCUGCAGCCGCAGGGGGUGCUGCUCCAGCUGCUGCUCCAGCUGAAGAGAAGAAAAAGGAGGAAGAAAAGAAGGAAGAGUCCGAGGAGUCGGAUGACGACAUGGGCUUCGGUCUCUUUGACUAAACAUUUUGUAAGAGGACUUGUAAUAAAGAGAAUCCAUCUGAGUG